ACGUCGCUCGCUCGUCUAUGCUUUGACCGCGAAGUUGCUUAGAGGUUGUAUACUUCUCGCUUAUCUUUACCGAGGCUGCGUCUCCGCUCGUUCAGUCCGACACCACAGGUGCGCGAGAGAGGAAGCCUGUAUCACAGACCUCCGAAUUUACCGCUCCACGAUCAUCAAUAACAAACAAAAUGUCAUCCCCUUCGAUUCGCGACUUCUACAAGGGUAGAAACAUCCUUGUGACUGGGGGUACCGGGUUCAUGGGCAAAGUGCUCAUAGAGAAACUGCUGUACUCCGUUCCUGAAGUCGGUAACAUCUACAUACUGAUGAGACCAAAGAGAGGGAAGUCUGUUAGUCAGAGAACCGAAGAUUUGCAACGAUUGAAGCUUUUCGAACGCUUGCGAACUGAAAAUCCCAAUGCCUUAAAGAAAUUAAAACCACUACAAGGUGAUGUUUUGUUCGACAACUUGGGACUAUCUGAUGCUGAUAUAGAACUGUUAACGAAAGAAGUGUCUGUGGUAUUCCAUUUUGCCGCAACGUUGAGACUGGAGGCGCCAUUGAAAGACAAUGUCAAUAUGAACACCUGUGGCACUCAAAGAGCGAUAGACUUAGCCAAGAGAAUGAAGAAACUGCAAAUAUUUGUGCACUUAUCUACGGCUUUUUGUUACCCUGACUACGAAGUGCUAGGAGAAAAGUGCCACGCUCCGCCAGUCAAGCCAGAUAACGUGAUGAAGCUGAUUGAAUGGCUAGACGACAAACAAGUAGACUUGCUAACCCCAUCAUUGCUGGGCCCACAUCCCAACUGCUACACAUUCUCUAAGCGACUCGCUGAGAAUAUCGUCGAACAAGCUUAUCAAGACUUGCCGAUUGUCAUCGCUCGCCCUAGUAUAGUGUGUCCAUCAGUGAAGGAACCCAUGCCAGGUUGGGUGGACAAUCUGAACGGGCCAGUUGGCGUGAUGCUGGGCGCUGGUAAAGGCGUCAUCAGAACCAUGUUGUGUGAUGGCUCUCUGGUAGCUCAGGUCAUCCCGGUCGAUAUCGCAAUCAAUGCCAUUAUUGCUAUAGGAAUGAUUGAAGGCACUAGGACUGAAAAACCUGAAUCAUUGCCAGUAUACAACGUGAACAACGGUCAUCAAAAACCGACGACGUGGGGAGACGUCCUUUCGGUAGCUAAAGCUUAUGGCCGGAAAUAUCCCCUUUCUUGGCCACUAUGGUACCCAAACGGUGACAUCACCACGAACCCAAUUCUUCACGAGUACAAAAGGAUUUUCUACCACUUAGUUCCUGCUUACCUCAUCGACUUUCUUCUGUUUUUAUUAGGCCAGAAACGACUAAUGAUUCGUAUCCAAGAACGAAUAUCUCGAGGCUUGGAAGUCCUGCAAUAUUUCACAAUGCGUCCAUGGAACUUCCCUUGUCCUAACUACGAUGCAGUUAGAGAAAAAUUAAAUCCAGAAGAGCAAGCAAUUUUCAAUACCGAUAUCAAGGAUGUGGAUCGCGACGAGUAUAUGAAAAUAUGUAUAGAAGGAGGCAGAGUUUUCUGCUUCAAAGAGGAUCCAACUAAAGUCCCAAUGAAUAGGGCUUAUCACAAUUUCCUUUACGUACUGGACUGGUUCGUCAAGAUCAUGUUUUGGCUGUUUGUAUUCUCCGUAUUGGCUAAUUGGUUUUCACCUGUCAAGUCACUAUUCUCUUUAGGGGAGCCUGUUGUCAAGCACCUGCCGUUCUUAGGAAAAGUAAUUGAAAAGCAGGACUAAUACAAUAUGUAUCAUUCAAUGUUUUACUACUGGUGAAGGUCCUUAGAUAAAGGAUAACUGGAAGAAAGGAAAAAUACUUUAUAUCGUGUAGGUUUAGUUCUUGCCAAACUUGAUGUCGUAUCGGAACAUCCGAGGGUCACUGCGCUGAAACCAUUUUUUUAUAUCAGCGCUUGACAGGGCUGCGAGGGGAGUAUGGGCCACAUACUUGUAAUGUAUUUGUGAACCGCCAUUAAGUUUGGCUAGGACAAUAUCACAGGCUUGACACGUCGUAAAUAAAAUAUUUUUAUAAUGACUGACGACUGCAUGGUACGCAAAUAUGACUGUCUCAUAUCUGAAUUCUUAUGCCUAGUAAAAAUUUGGUCAGUCGCUUGCUAUUUUAGCCAUGGCGUUGCCGGACAAGAUUUUGUUUUAAUACGCAAUAUUUGUAAAAAAAAACAUUAGGACAUUAACAAGACCUAAGCAUUACCUACUUUGUUCAUAUACUGUUUUCAAAACAAGACGACAGGAUUACGUCACGAUCAUUUCAGGAAAUAUGAACUUCUAAGUCAAAAUUAUUAUAAAAGCUCUUGAGGGGGAGAAAAUAACUAGUCACAUCAGUCUGAAAGAUAUAACUCUGGAUUAAGGACUGAUUUCUUUUACCCUCAUAGAGCGUGUGUUAACAUAGUAAGAUAGACGGGGUUUCUUGACGGGGAGUAAGAGG